GCAAAUCAGCCGCCGAUCCUCCCAGCUCUCAGGUCUCGAAGCAUCUCUAACUGGAACAUGGAGACAGGAGUCUGGUUGCUGCUGUUUGUGGGUUUUGCGGUUCAUUGGAGCUUGUCUCAAAACCCGCCCAUAAAACCAGUGAUCAAAUUUAACCAACCGACUGGGGUGUAUUUAUUUGGAGAGACAGGGGACAUCACCUGCACUGUGGCUGGAGAUAAGCAAGAAAAAGUCUUCGAGUUUUCCCUGAAUAAUGAAAUGCUGCAUCAAAGUCCAACUGCCACAGUGGACACUUUUUAUACAGUUCCGUUUGAAGCUAAACACCACGGAGGGCAGUACAAAUGCCGAUAUAUAAUUUACAGCGACACUAGAUACAUUGAUUCUCCAAUGAGCGAGGCUGUGACUGCCAUUAUAGCAGAUCCGCUAAUAACGCCACUGAUAUCUCUUGAUGAAACCACAGGGGUGUAUGCAGUAGGGGAGGCAAUCACCAUGACCUGCAUCGUGACUAGAUUUUAUCGUGCGAGACUGUUUUAUUUUUAUAAAGGACAUCAACAGCUGUCAUCUAGUCCAGGCACCUCAAAUACCAACACUUUAACAAUCCCGAAAUCCAGACCAAGCCACAGUGGACAAUACAAAUGUCGAUACAGAGAUUCCUUCCAGAGCAGGCAGUUCGAUUCCCAACACAGCCAGGCUGUAACGGUGACGAUAGAGGCUCCGCCCAUAAAACCAGUGAUCACGUUUAACAAACCGACUGGGGUGUAUUUACCCGGAGAGAUGGGGAACAUCACCUGCACUGUCACUGGAGAUAAGCGCGAUAAGAAUUUCGAGCUUUUCCGGAAUAAUGAAGUGGUCCACUUUACUCGAACCACCUCACAGGACAGUUUUGUUAGGUUCUCCUUUCGGGCUGAACACCGAGGAGGGCAGUACCAAUGCAGAUAUGGAAUUUACAUCAAUGCUCGCUGGCUUGUUUCACCAAACAGCGAGUCUGUGACCAUGAAGAUAGCAACUCUUCCCAAACCAAACAUUUCCGUGGACUCUAGUGGUGUUGUUCGCGGCGGAGCUGUCACAUUUAACUGUAGAAGUCCCGGGGAGUAUCCUGCCAUCGAAUUUUACCUGCACAGACAAGGGGUUGCGAAUCAUUAUGGUGCCAAGUCUGCUGUUUUAGGGAUCAAUUCUGUCACCUUCACCAUCAGGAAUGUCGAUCACUCUGAGAUGGGGAAUUAUACCUGUCGCUAUGAAGCACUGAUUGACGGGAAAAAUCUAUCCUCAUCUCUGAGUGACCCUGUACACAUCAGUGUGAUAGAAAAGGAGCUUGUUGGUCUGGCGGCUUGUCUUGGUUCUGCUGUGGGUCUGAUUCUCAUCCUUGCUCUUUUGGGUGUCUGCCUCUGGAGGAAAGGAAAGACGAAAAGCAUUAGCGAAACCAGCAAUGUGGUGCCCUCUGGAGACCAAAUCAACGAAACCAUUACAUACGCUGUCCUUAACCAGCAAUCAAAUCCGAAGAGAAAGGAUGGUCAGCGAGACACCGGCCAAGCCCAGAGUGAGGAGAACACCCUCUACGCAGAGGUGAAGCUUUAGAACAUUUCCAGGACUCCCGGGCCCUCAGCGAGAAUUCCAAAGUCGAUCAGCCCAAUGACCAUGAACAUGUCGCCUAUUUCACUAUUAUGCACGGAAACUCUAUGUUUACAGAGUUUUCAUGAUGACUGCAGGUUACUGGUGAAGAGCUGCACCACUCCAGGUGUUGAGUUUACUUUGUGUGCUGAACUAACAUAUUGGAACAUGGGAGGAGGCCAGUGAGACUCUCUAGCUUGCUGUUAUUCAAUGAUAUAAUGGCUGUUCUGCAGCUAUUCGUUUAGUAGCCUUUUCUUCAUAAUCUUUGAUCGUCACUAGAUAACUAGAAAGAAGCUCUCAAUUCCCAAUUGGCAA